AUGUGAGUUGUAGGAGAGAAAAUAAAAAACGUAGCUGGCCCAGUCCUGCCGGGUCGGUUUAUUUUCUUCGCAAGGGAGACUACCAGAAAGUACGCACCUGAAUACCCAUUGUAAACUGCUAUACAAAGACGAACAACUUUUAAGGAUUACAGUUGUACAUCUUGAUGUAAAUUUUGUCUGUGAAGUAAUUUAGACAAACCCUCAUGACUUGACAUACACGUCAGGAGAGUGUGGUGGAUGUUUCUUGACGAAGGAUUUCCUGUGAGGCGUCGCUGUUCCUCUUUCGCUUUCGCCCCCGGCCAGCUUCAUUAAAGCCCUCAGAGAGCUGCAUGUUUUCAUCCAAGAUGAGCACUUCCAACAUGAUGACAAGCUUGCCUUACUGGACUCUCCUCGCAUUGGCCGUCGCCAUCAAAACCGUGGAGCUGAUACCAGUCAGUGUCGAUCCUCCAGUCAAACUCAGUGUGCAUUGCUGGUGUGCGAGUUAUCCCAACGUCACCUUCUGCUCCUGGGCUGAACCCCCACACUCCCAGCCUCUGCGCUACAUCGCCUCUUACAGUGAGAGACACCAACCAUCAAUCAGCAAGCAUUGUCAUCUCACUCCUCCUGCCUCUUCCUUUUCAUCAUCAUCGUCAUCAUCAUCUUCUUUCGAGCGGGUGUGGUAUUGCCACCUACCCGACUUGAAGAUGCUGACAAAUUACAUUAUCAAUGUGACUACGCUGUCUUCUACUGGAAGCAGCAGCUUUCAUCUCAGCAGCUUCAUGCUGGAGGACAUUGUGAAACCCGACCCCCCUGUGGAUGUCAAGGUGUUGGCCUACUAUGCCAGGAAUGUGCUGGUGGAAUGGUCGGCGCCCCCGACGUGGUCUCACCUGGACAUGGUACCCCUCAAGUAUCAGAUCACAUACCAAUGGGACCACAAGGGUCGAACCAAGUCUGUCAGUUUUCCUUUGGAGAGUACCGCCAUGGAGCUGAAGGGUCUGAGCCCAGGAAGGGAGUACGUGUUUCAGGUGUGUACUAUGGACCUCCUGGGUCUGGGCCAGUGGAGUCUCUGGAGCUCACCAAUCACCGUCACUUUACCCACAAUUAAAAUGUCCCAAGUCAGGUUGUUGUCAGAAUCUUAAAUUCAUUGAGGCAUGAACAAUUUUUGUCACGCUGUGUCAAUUGAAUGGUCAUUGUGCUGCACUUUCUGAUAUACCUGCCUUGGCCACCUGUAGCCAGUGUAAGUCAGACAAAUAUAGUUUUCAUCGAGAUGUCUCUCCUCUCAGUUCAUCAGUACGGUACAAAUAGUAAUUCUUGCAGAGAAUAAAUAAUAUAUGACUGAGUACUA